AUGUCACAGAAAGCUCUCGUUAUACCUUCUAAGCAGGCUCCUUUUGUUCUCACCACUCGGCCCAUUCCCAAGCCCGGCCAAGGCCAAAUCCUUAUUAAGGUCGAGUCCGUUACGCUGAACCCCAUUGACCAGAGGAUCCAGUCAUAUGGGCUGAUUGUCGAGGACUACCCGGCCGUCAUCGGUUACGGAAUCGCUGGUGUAGUCACAGAACUUGGCGAGGGAGUCAUCAAGUUCUCCGUCGGUGACAAAGUAGCCACGUCUGGAUCUGCCGGGAAGAGUGACUUCUGUGGUUAUCAGCAGUUCGCUCUCGGUGACGUUCGGUUCACAGCCAAGAUCCCCUUGAACCUUUCCUUCGACAAAGCGGCAACGUUAGGAGUCUCUUUAGAAACGCCUGCCAUCGGCCUCUUUGGGCCAUACAACGCGAAGCUGACUUCUCUCAUUGAGCAUCCGGGCGCACACAAGGGACAAACUAUUCUCAUUCUUGGUGGCUCGGCGAGUCUCGGCCAGUAUGGUAAGUUUAUCCUUCUAUCGUGCCCAUGGUACUCCAACAUCAUCACGACUGCAUUGCCCACACACGAGAUCCUUCUUAGGACUCUGGGCGCGACGCACGUUGUCGAUCACCGUCUUCCCGCUGAGGAGAUUAUCUCGAUGAUUAAGAGCACUACAGCGAACAACAGCAUCAAGAUUGUGUAUGAUACUAUCUCCGAUGCUCAUACGCAGGCUGUCGGGUGGGGCGUUCUCGCCGAGGGCGGCCACAUGGUCGUCACCCCUAAGGGAGACGCAGAAACGCGGACUUUCGCGUGGACAUACGGCUCGCCGCACACACCUCCGCACUAUGAGUUCGGUGAGAAGCUUUGGGAUGCUGUCUAUGGAUGGUUUGAGAGCGGUACUCUUGUGCCCAACAAGGUCGAAUUACUUCCGGGAGGUCUUGAGGGAAUUGUGGCAGGACUUGAGCGUUUGAGGGACAACAAGGUUAGUGGAGUCAAGCUAGCUGUACACCCCCAAGAGACAGCUUGA